AUGAUGCUCUCUCGUCGCGCGUGCUACAAGUGUGGCACUAUUGGCCACUAUGCCGAGGUCUGUACUUCCACUGAGCGUCUCUGCUACAACUGCAAGCAGCCCGGCCACGAGUCCAGCGCCUGCCCUCUUCCUCGUACCACCGAGACCAAGCAGUGCUACAACUGCCAGGGCCUUGGUCACGUCCAGGCUGACUGCCCCACUCUCCGUCUGAACGGCGCCAACGGCCGCUGCUACAACUGCGGCCAGCCCGGCCACCUUGCUCGCAACUGCCCUACCCCCGCGGCUGCUGCUGCCGGUGCCGGUGCCAACGCAGGCCCUACCGGAGUCCCUACUGGUCCCGCUGGCCGUGGCGCCGGUGGCCCUCGUGGUGGUUUCCGUGGUGGCUUCGGUGGCUACCCUCGCACCGCUACCUGCUACAAGUGCGGUGGCCCCAACCACUUCGCUCGUGACUGCCAGGCUCAGGCUAUGAAGUGCUACGCCUGCGGCAAGCUCGGCCACAUCUCACGUGACUGCACCGCUCCCAACGGUGGCCCUCUCAGCUCCACCGGCAAGGUCUGCUACAAGUGCUCUCAGGCUGGUCAUAUUUCCCGCGACUGCCCUCUUAACGAGGGUGCCGCUAAGCCUGCUGCUGCUGAGGCUUCCCCUGAUGCCGUUGCCGCUGUUGCCCCUGUUGCGGCUCCCGUUGCUGCUGCUGAGCCUGCUGCUGAGCCUGCCCCUGUUGCGGCUCCCGCUGCUACCACCACUGUCGCAUAA